AUGGGUGUUGUUUCUUACUGCUGCGACAUCGAAGAGCUUCUCAAGCAAUGGCCGGAGUCUAGUGGGGGAUCUGGCUUGAUCAUUGUGGGUCAGUCAGCAAACGAAUCUCUCAAGUUGAGUGCAAGGGACGUAGCAUUGAAAGACAGGAUCACUCCUAUCGAGUUCUGUGCACUGUCGUUGCAUUCGAUGUCCAAGGAACAUGGUUAUGCGAUCAAGCCUUGCUUCGAAGACGAUGAUAGCGUUGCUGAAGAUUUGGAGGCACUUCCAGGGCUCAUAGACUUCCGGUGUCUUUUUAAAUAUGACGGAAUGUUCUUCAUGAUCGUCAGGGUGGAGCGUACAGUCGGAUAA